UCGAGUUACAAAAUGGCGGCGCGGGACGUGUUUGGUGCUGUUUCCCCAGCUGUCUGAGGCUGAGCGGAGAGCUGUCCCCCUCAGUACCGUACACAGAGACGAGGUCCCCGGGGGACAUGGUGUUUGGGAGUCCGGGCCUGUUGACCACGACGUCCUUCGAGGCUCUCAGCGCACCGGAAGCGACCGAGCGCGCUCAGCCGGGUGGCCCGCAGCCGUUUCAGACCCGAGCGCCGCGCCCGCGACCUCGGCCCUGCUCGCCGCCGCGCCCACGUCCCGGCAAGAGCUGCGCGGCCGCGGGGGAGGUUCAAAAAAAUGGCCAAAAGAAUUGCCGAGAAGGAAUUGACAGAUAGGAAUUGGGAUCAAGAAGACGAGGCUGAAGAGGUGGGAACAUUUUCGGUGGCCAGUGAGGAAGUCUUGAAGAAUAGAGCCAUAAAGAAGGCAAAGCGUAGAAAUGUUGGAUUUGAAUCUGAUAGUGGAGGAGCCUUUAAAGGUUUUAAAGGUUUGGUCGUACCUUCUGGAGGAGGAUUUUCUGGAUUUGGUAGUGGUGCUGGAGGGAAGCCUCUGGAAGGACUGUCGAAUGGAAACAGCAUAACUAGUGCCCCUCCCUUAACCAGUGCAAAGGCAGCAACAGAACCCAUGGCAGCCUUUGGUUCUAUUGCUGCAAAUGGCCCUACCACUUUGGUCGAUAAAAAGAUUUCAGAUCUCAAAACUAAUGGCGACAGUCAGCAGUCCUCCUCCUCUGGCCUUGCUGCAAGUAAAGCCUGCGCUGGGAAUUCCUAUCACAAGCAGUUGGCUGCUUUGAACUGCUCUGUUCGGGAUUGGAUAGUGAAGCACGUGAAUACAAACCCGCUCUGUGAUCUGACACCUAUCUUUAAAGACUAUGAGAAAUAUUUAGCGAAUAUUGAACAGCAACAUGGGAACAGUGGCAGUAGUAACGCUGAAAGUAAAACUAACAAAAUGUUGGUUGAAACACAGUCUCCAUCCCUAUUUGGUUCAACAAAACUACAAGAGUCAGCAUUUUUGUUUCAUGGCAACAAAAGUGAGGAUACAUCUGAAAAGAAGAUGGAGGUUGUGUCUGAAAAGAAAAUGGACCCAUCGAUAGGAACAAGUGCCUCGUUUAAUUUUGGCAAGAAAAUCGAUAGUUCUGUUUUGGGCUCAUUAAGCUCUGGUCCCCUGGCUGGAUUUUCAUUUUCCCCUGGAAACUCCAGUUUAUUUGGCAAAGAUAUCACCCAGAGUAAACCAGUUUCUUCGCCAUUUUCCACUAAAACAUCAGAGAGUCAAGCUGAGGGUGGCAGUAAUGAAUGCAAAGGUGGAGAUGAAGAAGAGAAUGAUGAACCACCCAAAGUAAUAGUUACUGAAGUAAAAGAAGAAGAUGCUUUUUACUCCAAAAAGUGUAAACUAUUUUACAAGAAAGACAAUGAAUUUAAAGAGAAGGGUGUAGGUACUCUGCAUUUAAAACCUACAGCAAAUCAGAAGACACAGCUUUUAGUGCGGGCAGACACCAAUUUAGGCAACAUAUUACUGAAUGUUCUGAUUCCACCCAAUAUGCCGUGUACCCGAACAGGGAAAAACAACGUACUUAUUGUCUGUGUUCCAAAUCCACCAAUCGAUGAGAAGAAUGCCACCAUCCCAGUUACCAUGUUGAUUCGGGUAAAAACUAGUGAGGAUGCAGAUGAGUUGCACAAAAUUAUACUGGAGAAAAAGGAUGCCUGAACACAUGAAGCUCGCUGAGGAAUUAUUGCCAAGUUGCUGCUUACCCCAUCGCCCCUUAAAUUAGUCAGUUUUUCUUCUCACUUUGACAUUCUAAGAACUUAUAGAUAACUGAAAACUUUUGUGAGGAAGAUUAAUAUGGCCAAUAAAACCUUUAAGUGUUUAGUGUCAAGAAACUAAUCGCCCUUCUUAAGAACUGUCUAAUGUGUAAAAUACAUUUGAAUGAAAUUUUUUGGAAGAUUUUUUAAUGUUCGUUUGUUUAUUAAACUAACCAUAAGUGAUUUCCUAAUGGACUGAAAUCAGGGUACCAAUUAGCUUUCCCAAAGGCUAUUCCAAUCCAUGGUUGUUCGGGUCUGCUGCCACCACUGCGGCAGUGUUCUGGCUGUGUCUGGAAAGAAACUUGCCUGUAUGGUUCUUCUCUCCUGUGUGCUUGACUGAUUUGUGAAACUAGCGCUCUUACCAAAUGAACCGUGCUGCCAUGCUGUGACAGAUGUUUGUCCUUUGCUGUAUGUUAUUAACUUUUAUUUUUAAGCUGAAAUGUGAGUACUAAAUGUUCACCUUCAGCAUUAGAGUCAUUAGCCUGUUAUUUGCAGACAUUGCAUUAACCAUUUCAAGAGGAAAUCAAUAACUUUUGGAGUAAGUAGUUCUUUGCUUUUGUAGAUUUGCUUUUAUACUUUUUCUUCAUGAGGUGCUGUUACUUCUUUAUCCUCCUAAAGACAAUUAGGAUAUAGAGGGAUUGCCAGGAAUGGGUUUUAAAAGCACAAAUUUGGUAGUUCAUGGUUUCUAGACCAUGACAGUAAACCCUUAUGAAAAGAAAGUUAAGUCAAAGUGGAACCAUACUAGAAGAGGAAGAUAUGAUGCUUGUAGUCAUUUCUAAGAUGAUGAACUCCAUGGAUAUAAAAACAAUUUAUUACUUAAGUACAAAGGAGCUUUGAUUACACAUGAGCCAAGUGAAUUCACUAGGAAACAUGUAACAAGGUGUAAUGGAAAAAUUGUGUGUCUAUUUUGCCUUUAACUUUAGACAACAGUAUAUUUUACAUUUGAUAUCUGAAAUAUCCAUUUACUUUUUAAAGAAUAAGAUAUUCAGUAUGUCCAUUUGGAAGGGAGCUGUGAUUAUGCACAAGAAUAUCCAUGUCACUUCUCCAGAGCUGUCAGGUAACACUAGCGUCCUCUGAAGACUGGACACACGAUAGAUACAAGAUUUAAUGUUUAAAUUUCUACUUUGAUCCUCAUGAAUUGAUCCUGGUACCAGAUGAUCUUGUUUAAAGGCUCAGGGUCAGUGCCCAAGGGCUCACAUUUGUAUAUUCUGAUCUUCAGUACAUAAUGUAUUCUGACUUAGAAUAGUCAAAAUAAUUGUGGUUGGUACAGUUGCUUUUUUAAAACUACAAUCUUCAGGUGUAAGGGGGGGCAGUUUUAUGAUCAAAUAUGGUUAAUUCUUAUGUACUUGGGGUAAGGUAAUUGGGCCAACAUUUGUCAUGGGAUUCUUGUACUCUCAGUUUCUGGUUCCAGUAGGAGAAUUUGGCCCAGUGUUUGACUUUGUAUAAAUACAUGCAGAGAAAGGUAUGCUUGCACUAUUAUGGGAUGUGGUCAGACUCAGCUAUUUUGUUCAACCUAGGGAGGAAGGGGCAAAUUUUCUUGCAUUUACUUUUUAGAAUUGUUACAGGUGAUUUAUAGAAGUGGUUGAUAAUGUUAAAAUAAUACUGGCCUUGCCCUAUUCAUUAGGUUUAUACAGUUUUUGGGGUGUAGGGGGUGGGCAGCUUGCCUGUAGGCAGAUUUGAACCCUUGAUCUUGGUGUUAUGACACCACGCUGUAACCAACUGAGGCAACUGGCCAGCACUAGGUUUAUCCAGCUUUUAAAAUGGUGAAGAGGAAAUAAGGGGAACAGAUUUCAUUAUGUUGCAGCUCAGCCAUACAUGCCCCCAUGGUACCAACGAGAAUGACACAGGCAUCUUUCGGAACACUUCAGUGUUAAUGAUGCAGUACUUUGUUAGCAUCUGCAUGUGUAGUGGAAUGUUUAAAAAAAUGGCAUGAAAAGAUCACAAUUGGAUUACCUUUUAACACCCCCUCCUCUAAAAAUAGUUUAUAUAUUUUUUAAUUAGUGGAUAUGUGUGGCUUUCUUUUUUUCUAACAUUCCCAGCAAAUUUUUGCUGCUAAGACUGUCACUGUUAAAGUGAAAGUUACAGGGAAAAUGUGAUAUGUAUAACAUAACUCAAAAUGUGAUAUUUUCUUAGUCACUCUUUUAUGCUUUAGGAACUGCUUGGUCUCCACUUUGUGUAUUAGUGUAAAAGAGCCUGAAUAUAUGUGGAUUUUAUUGUAAAAUCCAACUCCUUGUAUGUUACUUGGGGAAAGGGGCCCCCGGAGGGCGUACCUAUUUUUCCCCUCUGUGUUAACAGACAAUUCUGACCCAUGGGUUAUUUUAGUUUGAUUUAUUUUUAACAAAAUAUUAGAAAUUAGGCUUUAAAAUGUUUAAUGUGGACUGAAAUUUUCAUCUUUAGUUUGAGAAUCCGUAAACUGUAUGUAUAUACAUGGCCUAAAGUGAGUUGUGUAUUUGUUUUAAUUCUAAAUCAAAUUGUUUUGCAUCUUUACAAAUACUAAAUAUCCCAGUGGCCUUUUUUCUUUUUUAAACUGAUAUGUCUAUCUCAUUCUUUUGCACGUUCUCAGUAAGCAAAAAGUUGAGUCUUGUGCAGCCUUCCUUAUUAGAAUUACAAGCUGAAAACGUGUGUCCAGUUUUUAAAGAGGUUUAGAUUGUGUUUUCCACAGAAUGAUCAUUCAUGGACUGAUUUUCUUUAAGAGAGUUAUUCUGUUUUACAAUUUCAAUUCUAAAUUAUAUGUUUUAUAUGCUGCAUGCCAAAAACUACCUGUUCUGGGGUAGAGGAAGGAAAAAAUUAAUAUUCCACUUUACUGUUAGAGUUCAAAACAAGUUUCACUGAGAGCCUUUUCAGUAUAGUUUUACAGGUAGACCAGGUUGUUCGUUUUUGAACAUUUGUCAGUUAUUCUAAUAUUUCAGAAGAGUCAAAAUGCAAGCACCAUGCAUUUGAAGGCUUUGCAAACUAAAUGGCUGACUCCCAAACUCCUGAGUCUUCUUCUCAUUCUGGAAGUGGGAAUAUUAAAUAGAAACUGAUUUGUCCUGUAGUCCCGGCAGGGGAGAGUGAGGAGCUUGUUAAAACUGGUCUUUUCUUCCAAUCCAGAGCUUUGAGCACAAGCCCCCGUGUGUUCUUGGCCAGUAGCAAUCAGUAAGGACUAAGGACUGCCCAUUUGCAGACAUAAUUGUAACGGAGAUGUAAACUUCUUAGCAAUCAAAUGGAUAAAUUGUUUGCUUUUUAUUUUAAAUAGGAAAUUGUUUUCUAAAAUGAAAAUACUUGAAUUGUCAGAUAAUAUAAUCUCGGUUGUGUUAGUUUUUGAGUGCUGCCAUUGAGGAAGUGUAAUAAUCCAUGAAUGUGAA